AUGAACGCUUUGGAAAUUUUUCCAGUUGAAAUUUGGGAAAUAAUUUUUAAUAAAUUAGACAGCAGAGAACUUCUUAAGCUACGUUGUGUUUGUGGAGAUUUCAACAAAAUCAUUGAAAGGAUAAUGGUAAAAGAAAAAUUGUGGGAAAAAUUAUUAAAUGAAAAUGCGAUUCCGUGGACAAAUCAAAUUAUAGCUAAAAGAUUUCCGACAGUUAAACAAAGACAGUGGCAAUCAUUGUAUCAGAAUAUUUGGAAACAAUUGUUAUUUUCUUACAAAAAAUGGCGGCUUUUUGGAAAUAGUAACCGUGAAAUGAUUAUAAAAACCUGUAAUGUCAGUGAAAAACUUAUGAAAAAUGAAAAAAUAACGUGUUUCGAUGUUUCGGUGAAUGUGUUGGCAAUUGGAACAAACAAAGGAUCAAUCUAUUUUUACAAUGUCAAAGAAAUAAGUUCUGAGCCUUUCUACGCAACGAAUCAUCGAGAACAUGUUACUCAGAUUAAACUAUGGUACUUAGGUUUCGAGAAAUUAAUUGCCGUUUUAACGUCUAUUUUUGGCAGACUCAAAUUUUUGAAUGUCCAUGGAAAAAAUGAAAUUAUAACUUCUCAACAGUAUUACGGAAAAAAUAUAUGUGUGGGAUUAAACCGGCGACUAUUUAUUGAAAAUUCGUUUUCCAUCAAGGAGUAUUUAUCGGAUUCAAUUCAAAUUACAUCGAAAGCUGCAGUUGAACUCGAUGAUAUCGAUCAAAAUGAUCCUGAAUUUGAGUUUCUUUCUAUGUAUAGCGAAAAAGAUAAAUUGCAAGUGUUAAUAAAAGAUGGCUCAACAGCAAUAAUUCUGUUUUAUAAAAUUUCACAAAAUGGUCCAGUUUCUACUGUAAUCGCUGACGACUUUUAUCCAUUAAGAGGACGUCCAUUUCAACUUGGCUUUGAUGAUGAAGACUUUUAUUGCGAUUGUACAUUUCACAUAUCAAAUAUGACCGUCACCAUCAUAGCUCAUGUUGGAUUUCUAUCCGUUAGAGUAGAAAAUUCAAAUGUACCUUCAAUUUGGAAAACACAUGAAAUACCAUUGGCCGAAAAUGUAACAGUUACAUCGACUGUCAUGUUUGCAAAUCUUUUAUUCAUUGGCCUGAGUACAGGAAACAUCAACGUGUAUGCUGUUGGAAAGAUUGCAGAUUUAUUGGAUAAUAAUUUAAUUUUUAAAAAUUUAAGAAUUAUAGAAUUAGAUAUUUUUCCCAUUAUCGCAUUGAAUUUAACUGAAGUAAAAAAAGUCCCUUAUAUUAUAGCAUCGACUGAAUCAAAACUAUACUCUGUUAAUAUUAUUAAUAUAUAAAAUUAAGAUAAAAAUUAUUUGAUUUAUUUCCGCAUAAA